AUGGCGGGGUGUUGUACCUUCCGGUAUGGCACUGUCGCAGCACUCACCAGGAGCUUGCGAGUGGGUGAGCAGUGCGUGCGCAUGUUUGAGGGGUACAGGCUUCCAAAAUACGUCUGCUCCAUCAUCCGCGCCACUCCCCAGCGCAGUAUCAGCGCCCUGGGCGUCCUGCGCGAUCAGGAGUGGCCAGUUCCUCCCUUCGGCACCCACGCCUCGUCACCUCCCCUCGCGAGACGGCCAUCCCACCCGCUCGGCAUCAUCAAGACUUCCAUCUACGAGUACCUCCAGAAGGCGGACCCCGCCCUGAAGACCUUUGAUGACCUGUACCCCGUGGUCACGGUCAAGGCGAACUUUGAUGAUGUCUUGGUGCCCGCCGACCACGUCUCCCGCAACCCCAACGACACGUACUACGUGAGCGAUGCCACCGUGCUGCGCUGCCACACCUCUGCACACCAGCUGGAGCUGCUGAAGCGCGGGGAGCCCGCCUUCCUCAUCACCGGCGAUGUGUACCGGCGAGACAGCAUCGACUCGACGCACUACCCGGUGUUCCACCAGAUGGAGGGGCUGCGAGUGCUGGGUCCAGAGGACUGGGGCUCCAUGGAGCCCACCCAGUAUGCAGAGACGCAGCUCAAGCAGACCCUGGAGGGCCUUGCCCAGCACCUCUUUGGUUCUGUGGAGAUGCGGUGGGUGGAUGCCUACUUCCCCUUCACCGAGCCCUCUUUCGAGCUGGAGAUUCUGUUCAAGGGGGAGUGGCUGGAGGUGCUGGGGUGCGGCGUCACCCAGCAGUCCAUCGUGGAUGACGGAGGUUUUGCAGGCCGCAAGGCCUGGGCAUUCGGCCUUGGUCUGGAGCGUCUGGCCAUGGUCCUGUUUGACAUCCCAGACAUCCGGCUGUUCUGGACGGAGGACUCGCGCUUCCUGUCCCAGUUCAAGGCCGGCAGCAUGAAGACAAAGUUCAAGCCCUACAGCAAGUACCCGCCCUGCUUCAAGGACGUGGCAUUCUGGCUGAGCGACAGCUUCACCGAGAACAACCUGUGCGAGGUGGUGCGUGCCGUGGCGGGGGACCUCGUGGAGGAGGUGAAGCUCAUCGACAGCUUCACACACCCAAAGACGGGCAAGACGAGCCACUGCUACCGCAUUGCAUACCGCUCCAUGCAGCGCAGCCUCACAGACGAGGAGAUCAAUGAGCUCCAGUGGACCGUCCGCCGCGACAUUGAGAACCAGCUGAAAGUAGAGCUGCGAUGA